UGUGCUCAAAUAUAUGUGUGCUGGCUCUACAAAAACACAACCUCCUCCUACUCCUACUUCUUCAAUCCAUAUUCAAAUUUAUGGUUUACUAGGCAAAAAGGCAAAAGAAAACCUCCCUCAAAACACAAGACACACUAUCCCACGAUUGUGCGUGUGGUUUGUGUCUGUUUUGUGUGUCUGUGUUUGUGACUGUGAAAGAGAGAGAGAGAGAGUGUGGUGGCCCAUCUAACCAUAUGGCUCACCGUCUUUGAGGAUACAAGUAAAUAAGAUGAGAAAGAGACUAGUCUCAAGACCAAAGACAGCAAGAGAGAGAGAGAGAUAAAAUAGAAGGUGAAGUGUUAUCUACAACUACAACCAUCUUAUAUGGUUUAUACGGGCUUUUGGUUUUAUCUUCAAAGAAAUGAAAUCAAACAAACGAGAAACCAGAUCACCACCAGUUGGAAGCUCAUGCCUUUUGCAUUAGUAUAUAGUUUCUUUUUCAGGCUUUAAAUAUUUUUGGUUCGAUUCAAGUUUUUCGUUUUAUGGCUUUUUCUUGUCUUUUGGCAGAACGAUAUAUAUAAAGCCAUCCACUCUCUUUAAAGAAUUUGGGUACCCUCCAAAAGAAUUUAUGUUCGCUUCUUGGCUUUUGCUACUCCAAAACCAUUGUUUUCUUCCUUCUUGUACUGUCUGAAACCUUUUGAAACUUCGCUGUUUUCUUCUGCUCUCACUGCUUAGCCAUAUACCCUUUCCAAUAUAGUAGCCUAAAUCUCCACUUUCCCCCCCUUUUUUUUUUCUAAUAUGCAAAUGAUGCCCGGUGACCCCUUUUCCCUAUCCACUUCCAUCGGAGGCUUCACUCAAGAUAAGCAAAACACAAACCCUAACCCUAAACCUAAUCCUCCUCCCAAGAAGAAGAGAAACCUUCCGGGAACACCAGAUCCAGAUGCAGAGGUCAUUGCUCUCUCCCCGAAGACCCUCAUGGCAACGAACCGAUUUAUAUGCGAAAUAUGCAACAAAGGGUUCCAGAGAGACCAGAACCUUCAGCUUCACCGAAGGGGUCACAACCUUCCGUGGAAGCUAAGGCAAAGGUCCAACAAAGAGGUAAGGAAGAAGGUUUAUAUCUGCCCCGAACAAACCUGCGUCCACCACGACCCUGCAAGAGCACUCGGCGACCUCACUGGCAUCAAAAAGCACUUCAGCAGAAAGCACGGUGAGAAGAAGUGGAAGUGUGAAAAGUGCUCCAAGAAAUACGCAGUCCAAUCAGAUUGGAAAGCCCACACCAAAACCUGUGGCACUAGAGAAUACAAAUGCGACUGUGGCACCCUCUUCUCCAGGAAAGACAGCUUCAUUACUCAUAGAGCAUUCUGCGAUGCAUUGGCUGAAGAGAGUGCUAGGCUCACGUCAGUUACAACAACAAAUCUAAAUUUCAAGAGUGAAGAGGGUGGUAAUAAUGUGAUGAACUCGCAGCAGCAUGGUUUGGGAGGACAUGGACUAAUUGGAGCACAAAGUCUUCAAAAUGUUUCUGGCAUUCCACAAUUUGGUUCACAUGGUUUUCGUUUGGAUUUCAAUGGAAUGGAACAACAAAUUAGGCCAAGUUUGUCGCUAUGGUUGAACCAGGGGAAUCACCAGAUGAAUAGUAAUAAUAAUAACAUUAAUAGCAACAACAAUAGUGCUUCCGAUGCAGGACCCAAUUACAUGUCAUCAUCAGGUUUGCCUGAGAUUGUGCAAAUGGCUCAUGCUAAUGCUUUGAUGGGUUGUUCUUCAUCGAUGGUGUCUAAUUUUGGAGGAGUUCAUGCGGGUUCUAAUUCGAGCAGUGCAAAUCUUUCACUAGGGAAAAGAGGGGAAGCAUGUGGAAGUACUGUAGUGGACUUGGCUUCUAUUUAUAAUAACUCUGAGGGUCAAAACAAGAAUUCAAAGCCUGCUUCACCCAUGUCAGCAACUGCGCUUCUUCAGAAAGCAGCGCAAAUGGGUUCCACCAGAAGCACCAACCCUUCUAUUUUCAGUGGUAGUUUUGGAGUGAUUAACUCACCUUCCUCACAAACUACCAGUCUCAACAACAACAACAACAACGGAGGUGCAGCCAUGAUGCUGGCAAGUAACACUUCUACUGCUGCUGCAAAUGCAAAUGACUUUAGCUCAUUGAGGCAUUCAUCAAACAGUUUUGACCAGCUUGUGAUGCAAACCAAUGCGCAGUUGCAAAGUGAGCCUGUGAAGUUGAAGCUUCAUUCAAAUGGUGUGGAGAACAAUUUGACAAGGGAUUUUCUUGGUGUCAGCGGUGGAGGAGGAGGUGGUGGUGGACCUCAGUUUCUUCCCCAAGAACUUGCAAAGUUUGCUUCCAUGGGCUCACCAAUGGGGUUGAGCCAAUUCACAAGUAACCAAUGAACGAACUCGUUUUGCUUCUGAGCUUCUAAGAUAACCUCAAACUUCAAAGGUUUGAUGGAAGGAGAAUGACUGAGUUGGAGUGUACCACUGUGAGAGAUUGCUCGAUCAUGAUUAUGUUGUGAGUGGGGGACCCACACUUGUUGAACGAAAAGAGAAUAUCGAACACCACGAGUCGUGCAUGUUCUCCCAAUAUUGUUAUUGUUGUUUUUUUCUUCUGUCUUUAUUAAACCAUGUUAUCGUUUUUUGCUUCUCGAUCUUUUCCUUGAGAGAAAUGAAGGGAGGCAUAAAAUAAUGAAAGGAAUUCUUAGUGAAUCGCUGAAAA